AUGGAAGGGUUAAAGGUUUCAGAAGCUAGCUUAAUAGUUUACAUUCACCCAUCUAAAAGCAAUCAAGUUUCAAAAGCCGUUCUUCGUGAACUCAGCACCAUGCUUUUCACGUACGACGAGAUCUUCGACGGCGUCGUUUUGGCUUACGAUGUUUACUCGUUUGACAAAUGCGCCAAGAUCCUUCCUGGAGUUUAUCCUUAUUUUGGUGUUAAUUUGAAGCUUAAUCUGUUGCUUUUUUCUCCCAAGCCAGAUAUGCUUUUAGAAGGAAAGGUAGUGAAACUUACACAUGAGUCUAUUCAUGUUGUUGUGCUUGGAUUUGCUUCUGCGAUUAUAACGGAGAAAGAUAUCAGGGCAGAGUUUGUGUAUAAAAUGAAACACGGGCAAGAAGUGUAUGCGAGUAACUCUCACAAGCGACAUGUGAUAAAGGUUGGAACCACGAUACAAUUUUUGGUCAAGAGCUUUGAUGAGGAAAUGCUUCAUGUUUAUGGAUCUCUAGUUCCAGAAAACACAGGAAGCAUACAUUGGUUGGAUAAGAACUCGGAAGUUGUUUCCCACUCAAACAGAAGCAUAAAAAAGAGAGAUAGUGAGGGACAACCAUUAAUGUCAGAUAAAGAUGCUUUAGACGGGGAGCCGUCAACGGGUGACACUGCCCAAAAACUAAAGAAAUCGAAGAAGCAAAAAGUCAAACAAGAAUCUUGA